CGCCCGGUGCGAGCUCCCAGCGGAGCGCGGUGCCGGGCACAGGGACGGGGAGCGGGGAUGAGGCAGCAGCGGACGGGCCCUGCAGCACAACCGCGCUGCCCCCGCCGGAGGGAAGCGCACGGCCGCGCUGCUGCACUGGUGCCCGUAGGAAAGCGGUGCUGCAAGUUCGCCUCUGCCAACUCCAACCCCCGCAGAUGAGGUGAAACCACGCGCUUUAUGAAGCCGAGCUGUUAAUUAAAUGCAUUUCAGCUGGCGGAGGGGGGAGAGAAAUUGGAAAAAAAAAAGUCUGCUGCUUUUCCUCUGGUGCAGAAGCUCAAGAAGCGCUUUAGGGGGGUGAGGUGAAAGGUGGGAAAUGGUGCGGGGUUUGUGUUUGGGAUUUUUAAACCUGAUGUUGGACUCCAGGACCACUGGGGGCUCUGGUACCAAGUUUUUUUGUCUGUACAAUUACAGCAGGAUUACCGAGCAAGGACAGAUACCUGGCCCUAAACUCAAUGCUCCUGUUCCCAAUGCUUUUGUCAUUUGUGCCUUCCUAUUCCCUCCAGCAGUUAUUCCAGGCUUACAGUAGUACAAACAUGGAAACAGCCCUGUCCAGAGGAUGGUUCUAAAAAAGCUACAGUAGGUCAAUAGACAUUAAGUGUAUAGAUAACUAGAUAUUAUUACUCAUACAUUCCAGAUUUUGAUCCAUGCAAUAAUAAAAGCUCUGUCCAAAACUGGCGAAACAACGGCACUUACAUUCCAAAUAAACUGGGUAUGGAGACUACAAAAAAGUGCAAACCAUCAGACUGGAUGAAAACUCAAAUGAAUAAUUCAUUUUCAGAUGCAUUAGGCUGUAGCUCGGAUGUAACUGAAGAGGAACAAGAUGAAUUACUUUAUGAUGGAGAUGUAGAAAUAACGCAUAAAUAUAAUAAUAAUUCGUAUCAUUUGAAUGACGGUAUUUGUACAGAAGAUAUUUCUGGUAUUUUAAACCUAAUGUGUUCUGAAGAUAACAAAUACGCAACAGCAAAUUAUGCAGCUCAUCCACAGCCUGAAGAAUUCUCCAGUCAGCAUGGAAGCAUCAAAGGAACAAUGGGAGUUUCAACUGAAAUGCCUGGAAGUGAAGCUUCCUUUAAGAAGGAAUUCCCUGUCGGUAGUUCCAGUAAACCAGACAGCAAAGAACAUUUAACUACCUCAAAGAUGUCCGAUGUCCUCUUGCAUCAUUUUUCUGAGGGAGAGUUACUGAGCACAUGCCAGUUAAUUGAAUGUGAGAUGAUACCAGAAUCGUCCUUCACUGACAGUAUCGAUGACACUGGGAGCGAACCUGAGCCUUCAGAACACCUCAGAGGCCCCUCAGUGCAGGAACAGUGGGCAACUACCUUUGAAGAGUAUCACUUAGAAAAGCACAAAGAGGUAAACUCUAGUGGUAAAAAUGAAAAUGUGUUAAGUGAAAAUAGACCUGUUUCAAAGAAAGCUUGCACUGGUAAGUGUGGGUGCACACAAGGAAAUUCACAGCUGAUUAAUGAGAAUGAACAUACACACACCUUUCAAAACAUGAAAGAUGAGAGAGGCCUGUUUAAGAAAACAGUUUCACCUUGCAAGCUCCAAUAUAGCCAAGGUCAGGCUCACUGUUGCCUUCCUGAUUUCUAUGAAGUUGCUUCAGAAGUAAAAGUACCAAAAAGAACUGACAAUAUUAACUCAGUUCCUACAACUGGGAGAGCAAAACCCUUCCCUAUUUUGCUAAGUAAAUCAGUAAGUGUGAACAACAUGCUGGAAAAUAAGAAUUACUUCAAUUCUGCUGAAGUAGAGAAUAAAGAAGAAAUGAGCAUUUCAGAACUGCUGCAACAGCUAAAGAUGCUGACUCAGCAUGCUGACACCCAGAAUCAUAUAGACCAUCUGAGAUUUAAUCCCAAGAUACUUCCUAAGUCAGACUUUCCAAAUGCCAGCACUGCCAUUUCCUCAGGAGGCACUGGGACAGCACCUGGCAUCAUCACAUUAGAUGCUCCCAUCCCUGUACAAUCUACACAUGGUUUGCUUAAAGCAAGACUGCAGUCUGGAACAGCAGCAUCAGCACUACCAGCAGCUGGUAUGGUAGAAGCACGAUGUCCAAAUCCUUCUAAUUCACUGCCAGAACUAACACUAGGAGAAAAGAUGUCUCAAAUACUAAAGGAUCAGACAGAGCAACUGACAAAGAAAGUAGAAGACUUCUCUAAGCAUAUGUCCCAAGAAACAUUCUUUUUACAAGACAAAUAUCUGGCAUUAAAUCAACUGAAAAGAUACCUUGAUGCCUUGGAAAGGAAUUACUUAACAGCUAGAGAAAAGCACCAUAACUUACAGCUGCAGAACUUCAAGGACAAGUCUAUCAACAUUGGAGAGUUUGAUCCUGACAGAAGGGUGGAAGGGGGAAUAUUUAGACUUGGCAUGCUGCUUGAAGACAUUCAAGAACAAAUGGAUCACAGCAAACACAGCCUGUCAUCUUUGCUGACUUCCUAUGAAUCUGCCUAUUCAUCACAUUCUUUUUGUGAGGGCUCGGUGGUUUCAAGCAUUGCUGAUCCUCCAGAAAGAAGAGGUACUGAAACUCCAUUUCUUUACAAGAACCAUGAGGGAGAAAAGAGUCCCACAACUGAUGUAAUCCCACAGACAAAUCAACUUUAUUUAGAAGGCAAAAAAUGCUGUCUUUGUCCUCACAUAAAUAUAAACAUCCAGGAAAGAAAAACGGGAACAUCUUCACUCUUCAGUCAGAGAAAACCAACUGAUUUAUCAGAUACCUACCUGAGCAGUGAUUCAGAAGACAUCUCAGUCUACAAUUCUUAUAAUGAUUCACAAAGCAAGGACCUUGUCAACUGUGACACUCAGAAUUACAAAUCAUUAAAUACGAGAUUAUGUGGAGAGAGAAAAGGACUCGGAUGCAGAUGCCCCAGGGGAAGCAGAGAUCAAGUUAAACUCAGGAAUUACAAAGAGUCUGUUCAGUCUUGUGCCCUAUGUAGAAAUAAAAGUUCUGGUUCAUCCUCUUAUUCACAGAAAAGAAUCUCCACAAAAAACGCUCAAAAAAAUAAACAGCCACAUGACCUUGUAAACAGACUUUCUGAAAGGGAAUCCUUUGAGGCUGCCAAAACCUGCUGUUCAAGCACAUGCAAUAAAAUUCUUGUUUCACAUCAGUAUAUCCCCAGCAAGAAGUUUGCCCAAAGCAAAUCUGCAAUCAGAAACACCAAUGAUUCCAAUGCAAAUAUUUUAAGUUCUACUCUGGAUCAUGCCAUACAGACAGCAAACAGUUUGAAGAAAACUACAGAACGAAUGGUACGAGCAGUUUCAGAAGAUCUGGCUAAAGUCAAAAGAAAACCACUUUAGUUACCCAGUUUCAAAUGCUAUAUUGUUUUGCUGGGUGAUACUGAAGUGUUAGGACCUCUGCAAAUAUAAAGUGAUGAAUACAAAAAUCAAAAAGUCAGCUAGCUAACUUUGUCAGCUGUUCUGUAACUGUUACUAUUAAACCACACCAGAUAUAAAGGUAUUCCUCAAGUUUAUGCUCAGUCUCAGAACUCUAAAACAAAUUACUAAUUCUACUGAAAGUCCUUAGUAGGUUGGCUAAAGGUACCUUUCUCUAAGUGUCCACCUAAGGUAGCUUAAUAAAAAUUGGAUUAAACAAGGAAAAUUAACUUUGUGACUUUGAUUUCCCCACACUCCAAAGUGUGAGAAUAAACCUCAGUCAUUACUAAGUAUCAUUUCUUCCCACAUUUUAACAGCAGCUGCUUAAACACACCAAAACAGCCUCUGCACCUGAGACACCUACCUGCAAACAUCAUGCUAACAUACCAAGUCACAGUUCACAUUUCUAAUUAUUUUGGUUUUACAGUGCUCUACAUUAAGAGUUGUUUGUUUUUAUAGUUACAAACUAGAAUUCAGAAAAAUGUUAUAGGUAUUUCUGCUAAUUUUUUUAAAGUUUUGAUGCAUGUGGUGUUUGAUGAACCAGUUAAUUUUAGAGUGUUGUUCCUGUAUUCAUAUGGGGAAAAAAAGUCAGAAUACAUUCAAUUCCUAACUCAUUUAGGUGCAUUUGAAAGAUAGAGCCACUUAUUCUCACCAUGCUACAUGUGCUGCAACAUCUUAAAAUGUAACCUUCUCAUCUUUCAUUCCUCUCUAAUAUGUGUGUGUGUGGGAACUUAACCUUUUUCCACCUAAUUAACUCUGAAUGAUCUUACCUAGCAAAAAUAUUCUCUUAACCUGCUAGUUAACCUUAGAGCAAAAUAAAGAGAAAAGAAACAAAUCCACCUUUAUGCAAAACAAGAAAUUAAUUCCUUUAUAGUUGGGGAAAACGUAAAUAAAAACCAUGAGUAAUCUAUUAUUUUUCAUUAUGACAUUUCUCUCAGCUUCUACAUACAACAAACUAACAUUUCAAGGCACAUAAAUACAACAUCCCUUCAAAAGUUUAGUGAUUUUAAUUACGUAAUUUUUAAAGACACAUCUAAUCAUUACCAGUGUUACAGAAUUCAUACAGUUCAGAUUAUUCCCUUCAAUGCAAAUUUAAGUAUUUCUUUCUUAAUAUGUAACAAAGCAGACAAGUGAGUAAAUUCUCUUGAAUACAUCAGGUUUUCUCAUUUGGUUUUCUUUUGGCUUUUCUUUUUUAAAUUACCAAGCCAUUUGAAAGAUUCAACUGCUUCCCUUCUUUUCCUCUCCUUUUCCCCUGCCUCCACUUCCUCAAGAAGACAUGCUUAUAGUUUUGGAAUUUCUGUAUCACAGGCAAUUCAACUUCUAACAGAUGCACUAUGUAGACACAAUCAUAAGGAAGUUGCUAAGAAAUUAAUUUUUUUAAAAAGCUUCAUUAAUAAUCCCUGUAUAUACUUAAAUAUAAAGUGUACUUCAGUGCACAGUUGACAGCAUUUCUUCAGUUAUUUAUUGUGAUUAGAACUGCUUAAUACUUCUGUGACUAUCUCCCUUACCCAGCACCAUCUAAAAAGCCUUUAGAUUUUUCACAAUUAAACAUAUUUAAAGAAUUUUCAGUGAGUUACUUUUACAGAAAAUAUUACACUUUAAGAUACUGCAUUUGUAUGAAACAUUUUUAUCAUAAACCCAUAUAUACAAAUUUUCUCCUGAAGCCCCUACCCAAGGGCCUAGGCCCUUUUUAAUUCAGUAAUUUUUAGAAAUAAAUUCUAUUAUAUAAAGAUUUCACAGUUCUCAAAGACAAAUCCAGUUUAUAAUAUAGUCACGAUAACUUUUAGCAUAAUUUCUUAGGAACAAACAUGCCCUUUUGAAAAAGCACUUAUAUUAUAAUAUUAAAUACAACCUAAGAAACACAUGUGUUUAGUUUUUCCUCUCUCUGCCUUCUACUUCCCAAAAAGCAGCAAAUUUAAAUUAUAACAUGACUUUCCAUUAGUCAGAACCAUGUAGUAUCAUAGUGCAGUGUUUGGAAAAGUCAGUUCCAUUAGAGUAUGUACAUACUGUUUGUCUUUGUAAUACAUCAUAAACAUCACCAUAUCUAUUCAUCCUUAAUGGAGACCAUAUCCUUGGGUUUAGUAAGGCUCUUCACUUCAUCCAGUAGUCUUUUAGGUCUCAAAAUAUGAGUAGAACC